AUGCAAACGAUGUCAUAUCAGGUCAAUCCGGAAUAUGCCAAAUUAACACAAUUAGUGCCCGGUUUGUUCAUAUGUGGCGUUACUGAAUUAAAUCGAUGUAAUAUUGAAAAUAAUGGAAUAACAAUGAUCAUUAAUGCAACUAAUGAAGUUCCCAAUUUGAAAAAACUGGGCAACAUAUCCCGCAUGAAAUUAUGGAUCGAUGAUACACCAGAAGCUGAUAUUUAUCAUCAUCUUGAAGCUGUUAGUGAUCAGAUAGAAGCAAUUAUAGCAGAUGGCGGGGCGGUGUUGGUUCACUGUGUUGCGGGCGUAUCACGAUCAGCGACAAUUUGUCUUGCUUUUCUUACCAAAUAUCGAUGUCAAACACUUCGUGAUGCAUAUUUCUUGAUGGUUUCCAAGAGGCCUUUAGUUAGACCUAAUAUUGGUUUCUGGUGGCAACUGAUCCGAUUUGAACAGGAAAUUAAACAUGCGCCAGCUUCAGUAGGAAUGGUAUAUGAUGAAACUCAAGCUGAUCAUUUGUUACCUGAUGUCUACCUGGAUCAGGCAACUCAACCCAUGCAACCUUUAUGGAUAACAGUUUUAGUAGCUAGUGUUGUGCUUCUUUUCCUUAGUAUUAUUAUGGCUACCACAUCAUUCCAGACUAAUCCGGUUCCGGAAUAUGAUCAUAUUACUGGACUGGUUCCUCAGCUAUACAUUUGUGGUGCCAGCUCUUUGACUUUGGAUAACAUGAACAAAUAUAAUAUCUCACUGAUCAUAAAUGCGACCAUCGAGGUGCCCAGCAUGCGGUCCCUCGGUUCCAUACCGAGAAUAAAGUUAUGGUUGGAUGACACACCGUCAACUAAUAUUUAUCAGUAUUUUGACAUCAUUAGCGAUCAGAUUGAAGCAGUGAUAGAAAGUGGUGGUAAUGUAUUGGUGCAUUGUGUGGCCGGGAUAUCGCGGUCUGCUACUAUUUGCCUUGCAUUUCUCACUAAAUUCCGUUGCAAAUCACUCAGGGAGGCCUAUCAAUUAAUGGCCGAAAAACGACCAGUUGUCAGACCUAAUAUCGGAUUUUGGCGUCAGCUAAUCAUUUUUGAACGUGAAGUAAAAAAUGGUAUUGCACCAUCAGUGAAACUUGUUCGAAGCAGAGAAGAUCCAGAAAGCAUUCUUCCCGAUGUCUAUCUGCCAACAGCUAUAGACUCACACGAAGGACGGCGAUUUUUCAAAAAUAAACUGAAGUUUCAAUCGGUACUGGAAACAGUACCGGAAAACACUUAG